AUGAGUGGUGUCACUGUGAAUGCGGCAACCUCAUUGGGAGUGGAAGGUCAAACACGAUUGGUAAUACGUGACAUUGAUGUUGAAAAUUUUAAAUCAUACGCUGGAAAGCAUCGUAUUGGACCCUUUCAUAAAACUUUUACAGCCGUAAUCGGUCCUAAUGGUUCAGGUAAAUCAAAUGUUAUUGAUGCGAUGCUUUUUGUAUUUGGUAAGAAUGCGAAAAAGAUUCGUCUUGAGAAACUUGCCGAACUUAUUCAUAGUUCUGCAGCACAUCCAAAUUUGACCUAUGCCUCUGUAACGGUAAAUUUUGUUCGUUUAAUGGAGCCUUCUAAUGGACAAAGUGAUCCAGAUUUUCGACAAGAGAUAUUGGGUAGUGUGUUAUCUAUAAAACGUGAGGUAUAUAAGAGUGGAUCAUCACAAUAUUUUAUUGGUGGUUUAAAGAAAAGCCAACGUGAAGUGGUAGAAACCCUUAUUAAAGAAGGUGUUGAUCUUGAACAUAAUCGUUUUCUUAUCUUACAAGGUGAAGUGGAGCAAAUUGCUCUUAUGAAACCAAAGGCAGAACGUGAUGGUGAAGAGGGUCUACUGGAGUAUCUGGAUGAUUUGAUUGGUACAAAUAACUUUGCAGAGAGAAUAUCAGAGUGUACAAAGGUAGCAGAGGCAACACAACUUUCUCGACUUGAAGCACUUGAUCAUGAACGUAAAUUACGGGCAGAACGUGAGGCUCUUGAUGACGCUAAGAAUUCUGCUAUUGCUUUCGUAACACGGGAUAACCAUUUACAGAAGACAUUAAUUGUGAUGUGCCAGUUGCGCAUGUUAUCUUUAGAAGAUAAACUCGCUGAACCGAGACGUAUUAUUUCUGAAAUAGAUGAACGUAUUGGGAAUAUGAAAAAAGAUGUGGAAAUGCGUUUACAGGAAAAAUCCAAGACAGAUGAAGAUCUUUUAAAGCGUAAGAAGGAACUUGCCGAGGUUACAAGAGAGCGAGAUGCUGUACGAACAAAAAAGGAAGCAGCAGAUGCGGAAGUGGAACGUAUUAAAUCUGGUGCAGAUGAACAAGCAAAGGCAAGAAAAAGAGCACAAGAUCAAAUUAAAAAAGCUAAAGAUGAAAUGCAAAAAGCUGAACUUCAACAACAAGAUGCAGAUCGUGAAGCUAUUAUUCAUCAACAAAAUCUUGAGGAAGCUUCACAACGUGUGGAAAAAUUACAAAAGGAAUAUGAUACCACUUCAGAAGAACUUACCAAUAUUUUUAAACCACUUCGUCAAGAAUUAGAAAAAAAAAAGGCUGCCUUUGCUCCAUAUGAAAGAGCUGUAGUAGAAGCGACAGAGCAACUUGACACUGCGCGUAGCCGAUUAACAUCACUAGAUAUGACAGGAGAGAAACUUCGUGAACAAAUUGAAAAAAUUGAUAGUGCUUCUAUACGUCAUAAAGCUCGUACGACAGAACUUGAAGAACUUCUUUGUGAUGCAGAUAAAGAUCGUUAUAAGGAUGAAUUACAACGUUUACAAGACACCCUUACAGGAGCAGCAGAACGUAAACAUAGUAUUAACAGUGCGAUUCAAGAAAUUAAGAAUACAUACCGUGAAGGUGAAGCGGAUGAUCGUGCCAUGGAAUUUUUACUCUCUCAGCGUUCACUUAAAGGUUAUUAUGGUACCCUUCGUCAACUUGGGCGAAUUGCUGAUACCCAUGAUAUUGCGGCUGGUGUGGCGAGUAAUGCUUGGGGUUUCCAUGUGGUGGAGGAUCGUGCGACGGCGACGGCGGCACUUGAACUCCUGCGCACGAAUAAUAUUGGCCGUGUGACGAUGAUGGUGCUGAAGGAGAUUGAGCGUGAGAUGGGCCCCCGCAUGGAGGCGGCGUACACCCCGCCGUGCCCCUCCGCGACGCGGUUGUUUGAUCUCAUCACCCCCACAAACGACCGCUUCCGUGUGGCCUUCUACCAGGCGGUGCGGGACACUCUCGUGGUGGGCGACCUCGCGACGGCGCGGGCGGUGGCGUUUGGGGGCCGCGGCCGCCAUCGGGUGGUGACGCUGCGGGGGGAGUUGGUGGAGCCCGGCGGGUCCAUCACCGGCGGCGGGCAGACCCCGCGGGGGGCGAGGCUCAAGGCCGCGAGGCCGCCGCAGGACAAGGCCGCCGCCCGCGCCGAGCUGCAGCGACUGCAGGGCGAACUCGUCGCCGCCGCAGAGGAGGAGCGGGUGGCGCAGCAGCAGUUGCAUCAACUGCGGCAGAAGCAGCGGCAUCUCAGUGGGGAGCAACUGGCAAAACUGCGGUUGGAGCAGCGCACACUGCGGGCCACCAUGGAAUCGGAUGCCCAGAGACGUACCGCCCUCGAGAGGGAAUUGGAGGAGAAUGCUGCAGGAAGUCAGAGUAGACGGGAAGCACUCAUAGAAGAUGUGGAGGAUGCAGAGAAGCGGUUAAAUGCGGCACAGAAGGCACGUAUUCAACACCGUAGUGAUGUAGAACGAUUAGAACAAGAAAUUGAUGCCGUUGGUGGUCCAGGUUAUAAGUCACUUUGCACAGAACUUAAGACACAACAACAACGUUUGGAGGCGGAGGAAAAUGCCCUUCGUGAGUGUCGUCGAUUAUCCCAAAGACUUCGAGCUACUCAGCAACGUAAACAGCGUGAUAUUACUGAACAUGAAGAAGAAUUACAACAAAUUAAUAAAGAGGCAGCUCGAGAAGCGGCAGGGGCACUAGCUACUGCUAUCGCUGUGGCGGAAGAAUGUAUGCGUUUAUAUAAUGGCGCAGAGGCAAAGUUUGCCAAGGCACAAUCUGAUGUUGAAGCAGCAAAGGCAGCUGUUCCUGUUGCCCAUAAAGCGUUAGUUGAAGCACAGAAACUUCUAGAUGAUGAAGAGCGAUUCCGACAGGUCGAAUCAGCAAAGAUGGCAGAUGCUCUACAAGAGUUAGCCAAGUUUGAACAGAAAAUUGAUGGAUGUGAAGAAAAAAUAAAAGAAAAUGUUGAAUUAUAUGGUAUUGAAACAUUAGAGUUAAAUUCACCAGAGAAUAGAGAUGCACAACAAGAACAAGAAGAAGAAGAGGGAGGAAAGGAGGAGAAGGAAGAAGAAGAAGAGGAAGAAGAAGAGGAAGAGGAAGAAGGUGGAAAUUCCGUUAGAAAGAAUGGUACUAAAAAGGAAGGUAAUGAUGAGAAUGAAGAGUCUCCAGGGUCAAGAGAAAGACCAAGUAAAGAGUUACAAUCAAAAAUUGAUAUACGCAGCAUGUCAUUCCGUCUUUCACCAGAAGAAUUGGCACGUUGUGACUAUGAACGAUCUGUACAUCUUGCGAAGGCAUUAAGUGAAGAGACACGACGAUUACAUAGUGAAAUUGAUUUUCGAGCUGUGGCUUUAUGGCGUGAACGGGAUGCAGCACACCGUAAAGGUCGAGCCCAUUAUCUUAAUUGCAAGGAGGCUGCCGAUGUAGCGGAACGUCAAUUAUUAGAACUAAAGGAAGAACGACGUGAUCGAUUUAUGUCUUGUUUUGUACGAGUACAGCAGCGACUUCGAGAAGUAUAUCAAAUGCUCACUCAUGGUGGUGAUGCGGAUUUGGAACUUGCUGAUGCGAAUGAUCCCUUUGAAGGAAUUCACUUUGUUGUUCGUCCUCCAAAGAAAUCAUGGAAACAAAUUUCAAACUUAUCUGGUGGAGAGAAAACCCUUUCAAGUCUAGCCCUUAUCUUUGCUUUACAUGAUAUUAAACCAACACCUAUUUACGUUAUGGAUGAAAUUGAUGCUGCUCUAGACUUUCGAAAUGUCUCUAUUGUGGCGAAUUACCUUCUUCGUCAGACAAGUGGGGCACAAUUUAUUAUUAUUUCAUUACGAAAUAAUAUGUUUGAAAUGGCGCAUCAGUUGGUCGGUGUUUGUAAAGUAAUGGAUGUAACCCGUACACUGGUUUUAAGGCCAAAAGGAUUCCAACGUGUUGUAGAAGCCGCAUUGCUGAAACUGAAACGUGGACGAUCAUCACAAGAAGACGCUGGGAAUGGUAACGUUCGCAAUAGUAAUGGAAGUAGUAGCAAUGGUGUUGAUGGUGUUACAGAGGAUAGAGAAGAAGAAGAGGGAGAAGGAGAAGAGGUAUAUCAUACACCACGUGAAGUGAGUGUACAUAACAGAAAUAAUAAUAAUAAUAAUAAUAAUAAUAAUAAUAAUAAUAAUAAUAAUACAGACAGUGGGAACAAAAACAAAGGUGGUAAGAAAUCCGUUGCAGGAUCGAGAACGGCAAGGGUUAAGAGAGAGCGCCUUGAGUAA